AUGAGCCAGCCGGGCCAGAGCCGAGGUAGGCCGGCGCGGCCCGCCGCCAUUGGCGGCCCCCAGCGCUGGCUCCAGGUUGCCGCUUCCUUCACUCAGCACCGCCUCGCUCUCUGCUCUUACACGUGGCCACACCUAGCCUGCCCUAGCUCACAGCACACCAGCCAGCUGCAGUUCGCUGGGACCGAAAGCGAGCUUAUGACUUGCCUCAACACCACAGGGAGAAAGGCGUUCGUGGAGCAAUGCAAGUGGCACUGUGUUAUCUUUAGUGAAGAUUUCCGUUUUACUGGUAAAGAAGGUGCUGCGCUGCACGACGGCGGGCCCGCCUCGCUGCCCCCGGGCACGCCCCCGCAGCCGCAGCCGCUGCCCGAGACCGAGCAGGAGUGCGCCGAGGUGUUCCAGGAGCGCAUCCGCGCCGCGCACGGCCGCCAGCUGCUGCCGCUCGUCGAGGACCUCGCCGACUGGAUCAACAAGACGCUCGGGCUGGACUGCGUGACGGGGGACAACUUCUUCGACGUGCUGGACAACGGCGCUCUGCUGUGCAGGUUAGCCAGACUCAUCCACGAACGUGCCCAGGCACUCGCAGAUCGAGGAGACAUCAGCUCCACGCAGGUACCUGUGAUCCGUGGACGCUGCUGGGACAAUGCUGCACGACGCAGCUUCUUCUCUCGGGACAACAUGGAGAAUUUCAUCCAAUUCUGCCGUAGACUUGGUGUCCAUGAGAACCUCAUCUUUGAGAGUGAUGAUCUUGUACUACACAACCAGCCCCGCAGUGUCAUCCUGUGCCUGCUGGAAGUGUCGCGGCUGGCAGCUAGGCUGGGGGUGGAGCCAGCAGGUCUCGUGCAGUUGGAACGCGAGAUUGCCGAAGAGGAGCAGCGAGAGCGAGAUGACUCGCUAUUAUCCUGGCAGUUCCGUGCCUCACCGGCACUCACUCCACGUGCGUCACCUGACAAGAUGCGACAUAGCAGCUCAUCAUCAGCCAUCUCGAUGUCAGCGAGUGGCAAUCGAUGGGGGAAGGGGCGGCCGCGUAGUGGUGACAGGCGAAGCCUCAUGCUGGAUUCAUCGGCAUCACCACCACACGAUGCGCGGCGCACCGUUAGUGAGGGUCACGCAGCGAGCGACGGAGUACCGAGUGAUGCCACUGAAGUUGAUGAUGACUGGUCACGUGGCAGUGCUGAUGCAGAUGGUGAUGCUGACCACGAUGAUGCUGAUGGCGAGUUGGAGUUAGAUGGUGAUGGCAGCCGUGCAGAGGAUGUUACAGAGCUUGACCGCAAGGUACAGCAAGCAACACGCCUAGCACAACGUCAGUGUCACUGUCCAUCUGGCAGGUGCCCUAAGCUCAAGGUCAGAAAGGUCGGGGAGGGAAAAUACAAUAUUGCUGGCAGGAAUGUCUUUGUGCGGCUGCUGAAAGGCCGGCACAUGAUGGUGCGUGUGGGAGGAGGCUGGGACACGUUGGACCACUUUCUACUGCGCCACGACCCCUGCCAGGUGAAGGGCCAUGACAAAAAAAGAUCUAAAAGUCCUGAUAAAAGAACACUUCAAGCCACAGUUGCAACUGCAAUAAACUAUAACUGAAAUACAACUACCAUAUUCAGCUGCAACAACUGUUUACUUUCAUCAGUAUAACAAGACUACUGUUGAAUAAGGAAUAUAACAGUGUAAAAUGACUUGCUCCUCUAAAUGGACUUCAAUUAUUGAAUUUGAUGAGAAUUCCACAUUCUCAGCACAAAUAUAUCCAAGAUUACAUUUAUGACUGCUUUGCUUCGUUAUGAAACUGUCUUGCGUAUUUUUCUCUGUACUUUUAACAAUUGUGCAUGUGUCAACUGUUUCACACAUACAUAGAAUGUGAAAUGCAUAUAUUAAUAAAGUAUUUUGGAGAGCAAUGUUUUUUGCUUAGUACAAUGAAUACAGUUACUAUUCUUUGUAAAAAUUGUAUGUAUUAAGAAAGUGUGUUGAAACUAUUCUUGUGAUUGUUUUAAUGAUAGUCUUUAUUAAAUGCUUAAUGUUUUGUCCAACAUAAAAAUCUCUUUGACAUUUGAAAUUGUGUGGCAGCACUAACCUGUAAUAUAAACAACGUUUCUUCAUAUUUAUUCGUAUGUGUUGUGUAUGUGUCAUAUUUCUCUCUAUAAAUGUGUCAGCAACGUUAUGGAAUGUAUGAGAUCAGAAUAAUUUCAUUUGCCGUAAGUUAACAAAUUACUUGAAAAUUUGGCUUGUAUUCAGAUGUGCCUACAUGAGUGAUACUCAGAUUACUCAAAAUUAGUACAAAUUUUCUUCUUAGAUGGUAGCCAAUAAAAACUAUAGUUUAUGAUAAAAAAAAGAAGUUACUACUACAAUGCAGUUGGGUGUAUCUUCAUGUAAUCUGUUCAUUUUGCACCAUCCUGAGUGCAGUUUACUGAACUGUAAGCAAUAAAAUUAUCUUAAUGCUGCAGCUGACUCAAGGAAAUACGCAAGAAAACAAAACUGAAAUGCUGUAGUACUGCUCCCUCUUAGGUUCAACAUUAUUUCAUUGAAGUGGUGCUUCAAAGUAUCCGGUGGACUGAAGCAAACCAGACAAGGUAAGCCCUCAAACAAAAAAGGGGGGUUUUACAUUCAAAGCUAAAUGGGAUGAGUGUUAGAGCGAAUAUUCAGUAAACACCUCCAAGUGUUUGUAGCAACAUCUCUUUUUCAUUUAGCAAUACAGUUAUGCAGUACAGUUACCAAAGCAUAACUCCUGAGAAUGUCCAAGAACAUUUUAACAUCUUCAAUUACCUUGAAGUUGAAUGUACUGUAUUUACCCGGGUAUAAGACGACCCUGAUAAUAAGACUGUUUUUUCAAGAGGCUACUUCAGAAAAAUUUAUUUUUAGCAUAUUCUGACUAAACACAAUUACAAAGUACCUCUUUAAAAAGUUAACAUUAUACCUAUUCUGAAU